CACAUUUUAAUCCGCGACUCAAAGGAAAGGGUGCAAAAACUUCUCUCAAUUUUAAGAAGAUAUGUUGCUCGUUACGGCCCUGAGUGUUCUAGUCUUAAGUGUAGUUAAUGUUUGCUGUAAGCCCACGAUAGUGACGAUCGAAAACAGUGUACCGGACGAAAUAGCGUCCUUGAAGAAGUAUAUUAACUUUAGUGUGGACCCGUGCGACGAUUUCUACGAAUUCGCUUGCGGCAAUUGGAAAACAAUCCAUCCCCGGCCGGACCAGGAGUUGGAGCACAACGCCUUGCUUAAACUAACUAAAAGUGUUUGGGCCGAUUUAAAGGAACUUCUUGAAGACACAGGAAACGAUCUUAAGUAUUCAGAUGCGGAGAUGAAAGCGAAGAUGUUCUACAAGUCAUGCGUUGAUAUUCCAGACUUGCAGGGAGAGUCGAAUAAGCAAUACAGAGCCCUUCUCGAUUCGCUCGGUGGAUGGCCCGUUUUGGACCCAGAGUGGAACGACACCGGCUUUGACUGGCUCAAUUUAACCGCCCAAAUACACCUGUUCGGAGUUUCAGGGCUCAUCCAAGAGGUGAUUGCUCCAUCGCAGGAAGAUGCAUCAAUAUCGAGUUUGUACAUUGGCGAGACUGACUUCAGUGUUGUGAAACGAGAAGAUUUCCUGAAUCCAUCCCACAUUUCGUUAAUGCCUGGAUACAAAGCUUUGAUGCUCGAGACAAUGAAACAAUUCGGAGCAUCUGAAGAAGCCGCUCGGAACGCAAGCGAAGAAAUUAUCAACUUUGAGACGGAGCUAGCAAAAAUAACGAUUGGUCCCGAUGACGAUACAUCACAAGUCAUAACAUUCCAGCAGCUCAAGCAAAAGGUACCGGAAAUCGACUGGAAUCGAUUCUUUCGAAUUAUCAUUGAUUCCCCUUUGCCAGAAGGAGUAAGUGUUACGCUAUACGAUGAGGAGUAUUUUGGCAAAAUGUUGAACAUCCUAUCGAUCACUGAGAACCGAAUCAUCGCCAAUUAUCUUUUAUGGAGGCUAAUGAUAUCAAGCAUUCGAGAAUUCAUGACAGUCGAAAGGUGGAAAGUAUGCCUUGCGGAAGUGAUGGAGUCCAUGGGCGCAGCUGUAAGUGCGAUGUACAUCCGGAAGUAUUUUGACGAAGAUAUACGCAAGGACGUUCUAGGGAUAAUUGCACGCAUGCAAGCAUCAUUCAGGGAGAAUCUUGAAAAGAACACGUGGCUUGAUAAGGAGACCAAAAUGGAAGCUGCAACCAAACUGUAUUCCAUCUCAUCUUUGAUUGGAUAUCCCAAAUACAUAAUGAAUGAGGGGAUUUUGAACACUGAAUUCAAAAACUUGCACAUCAAUACACAUAACUACUACCAAAAUGUGUUCAAUUCGAAAAGGUUCCACACCAAACGGUCUCAUUCCCAACUGUUAGGGAAAGACAUCGCAGACCAAUGGGCAAUUCAGCCAGCAGAAGUCAACGGAUUCUACCAUGUCCGAAAAAACGCAAUCGUUAUCCCAGCCGCCAUCCUCCAACCUCCGGUUUAUUCGAAAAACUACCCGAAAGCGAUCACCUAUGGAACGUUUGGCUCCUUCAUUGGUCAUGAGUUGACGCACGCGUUUGACAAAGACGGCCGCAACUAUGACCUGGAUGGGAAUCGAAGGAACUGGUGGAGCAACAAUUCCGCCGAACAAUUUGGCAAGGAAGUGGAAUGCUUCAUUUCACAAUACAAUAACUACAGCGUUCCUGAAUUGAAUGCCUCCCUGGAUGGCAAGCAAACUCUGAGCGAGAACAUUGCCGAUAAUGGAGGCCUGAGGCACGCGUACGCAGCGUACAAAAAUUGGUUGAAAGAGGCUAGUCCUGCCGAUAUUCAAAAAGAAAAUAUUCCAGGGCUGAAUCUGACCAGUGGACAACUUUUCUUUGUUGGAUUCGCCAACUUUUAUUGCGGUGAAGUGACCUUAGCUGGAGCAGUGGCCGUACUCAACACGGAUAGUCAUAGUUUACCCAAAUUCCGUGUGCAUGGAAGCGUAUCAAAUUUUGAGAAAUUCUCAGAGGAAUUCAAAUGUAAACCCGGAACACGAAUGAAUCCUGAGAGAAAGUGUAAAAUUUGGUAGCUUAUAAGUAACUAUUCCAUUGCCUAGUGUUUAGUACUUUACUUUAUUCAUUUAAAACACGUUUCCCUCUGUGUGUUUGUUUUUUAUUGUUUAUACCAAGCCAUAAAAAGUAUUAACAAAACCAUUAUGUGAUAAAUGUUUAAGUGAGUUGUAAAGAAUAUAAAAUUCAUUGCUGUAGGAUAGAAUAGUAUUUAGACUUCAUCUUAUAACAUAAAAGGAAUCAGAUAUUUAGAUAAAAAAGUUCAACCCAUGAACGACUAGACAAUGUCUAUUUCAAUCUUAGAUUAUCGAAAAGGGACGAGGUCCUUUUUAAUAAAAAACUUUCUGUCUCAUAACCUUACAACCUCUAAUUGGAUUCGGUAAUCCUUGCUUUAAUUUAAAAGCGC